UAAAUACCCUUACAUGGGUGGCAUUAGUAGUUGCAAGCAUUUUGAUUACUUAAGAAGCACAAAAACAAGAGGUGGUUUUUUCACAUGUUGUUUGCAAAUAUGACGUCAUCAGUUCUAACUGCCACUGAUUUGCGGCGGAUAUUUGAGAAGCUUGACAUGAAUUGCGACGGUUUCGUGAGCCUUGAGGAACUCAAUUGGCUCCUCCACAACAUAGGCUUCCAAUUAACGUUAGAUGAAUUGGAAUCCCUUGUUGAGAAGAAAAGCCUUAACUUGAACGAGUUCUUGUUCUUCUAUGACUCAAUAAUAUCCAAGAAGAAUUGCAAUGACGACGAUGAUGAUAAUAAUGAAGAGAUGGAUGAUGAGUUGUUGGAGAAUGAUCUUGUGGAAACGUUCAAGGUGUUUGAUUUGGAUGGAGAUGGAUUCAUAACGAGCAACGAGCUUCAGUGUGUUCUUAAGAGGCUUGGGUUGUGGGAUGAGAGAGGUGGCAAGGAUUGUGGUUCCAUGAUUCGAUUCUAUGAUACCAAUUCCGAUGGCCAGCUUGAUUUUGAGGAGUUUAAGAAUAUGAUGUUCCUCACCAUCACCACCGCAUGAAUCUAUAUCCAUGCUCCUUCUCAAUUUUCUCUUCAUAAUUUUACUCAAAAUUUCUGUGUCACUCUAAAACAGAGGAUUUGUAAUGUAAUCCCAUCAUUGUUUCAUCUUUGGUGUCAGCAUCUUCAACUUAGACAUGUGAAUGCAGCAAUCUGUUGGUCAGUAACAAUUUUUUUUAAUCUGGAAAUAUCAUGAGAAAAAAAAAAACCUUAGACCUUGGCGCAAUUGGCCUAUAAUUUUGUGUGUAUAUAUAUUUAAUAAUCAUAAAUAAUGUGUACAUUAUUGUCCCAUUAUGAGGAUCAGAUAAUACUAGCCUAUAUGUAUUGAUUA